AUGAGCAACACAGAGUCCGAGAUUCCUUGUCAACAUUCCAAUGACGCCUCAAAACAAUCUUCAAUACGUUCAACCAAUACAAUGCAAGAAAUGCGUACGAUUAAGCAACGAUUAGCUGAUGCACUUGGAGACAACGGACCAUUAUAUUGGAGCGCAAUGAAGGAAUUCAUUACUGGAAAUCUCAGCCGCAUAGAAUUUGAUUUUUAUGCUAAUCUAUACUUGAAUAGACAGAAUGCUUAUCUUCACAACGCAUUCAUCCUCAGUACAAUUCAAAAUUCAAAAGUGAAUUCACAACCAGUACGAAAACCCAACCCACAACUCAAUUCCAAACGAAAGCGCAUAAAAGAAAGUCGGGAGGUGCAAGAAUUAGAGGCACGAAAGAAAUUGAAGAUGGAUGUCAUGUCAUUAAGUAGAGCUGAUCGCGAAAGUUUAAAUAAGCUGGUUAAAGCUGGGAAUACAAUCCAAUUGAAGGCAUUUGUAGACAAAGCCCUUGGUAAUCUCACAGGCCAAUCACCUUGUUCUUUGAUUACACGCCUUAACAAUGACUCUAGUCUUGAAUCAUUACCUCCGCCAAUUUGCCGUGAAGCUAAAGAGUUACCGGACCAAUACACACUCAAUGUGCGAAUGAAACUUAUAUCCCUACAACAUGGUUUACUGGAUAAGCUAGAAGAUGAUGUAGUGGAUGUUAUGGCUCUGGCACUGCAGAUCUUUUUAAAAAACAUUAUAUCCGACAUCAUCACAAAACGUCGGGUAAAUCGACCGGUUGGUCUGUCAAUCUCAUCUCACAUUAAUGAAAAUGGCACGCACUCAAGCUAUGGAGAACGUUUGGAUACAUACAACAAAUUUGCCGACAUGAAUUCUCUUUUCAAAACAACCUCACUAUCACCAUUGUCAUCAUUAUCAUAUUCGCACACUUCUUCUAUUGAUUGCAAUGAUUUUGCAUUUGCACUUGACAUGUCACCCAGCGCGCCUAUCGAAAUUCCUCUUUACAAAGAAAAGCUAAAAACAUUUGUCUACAAAGAAGAUUCUACAAAUAAGAAUAAUAAUAACAGUAGUAAAUCUGGAAGUGGUUUACUUCCAAAGCAAAAGAAAAAGAAAAAAAAAAAGCAAGAAAAAAAAUAA